UCUUUCUCUAGAAGCUUUAAGGGAUGAGUUUUCAAUCUGUGGAUGUGCAAUUAGCAUUAACCACAAGGCAAGGUCUGUGACUACUCCCCAACGUACCCAGCGAACAGUAUGCUGUUCACUCCACUCCACUCCCCACUCCUUAGAGGACCCUAUCUAAGGACCCUAUCUUGCAAUGUGCUGAGUGCCCUCAGAGCCGUUUGAAGAAAAUGAGCACCUUGCAUGACUGGAGCCUAAAGCAAGCAUGGGGUAGGGUUCUUUUUUCUGUCAGUUUAGGGCCAAAUCUUGCAAAGGAAUAUGUGCCCAUGAAGUGUCCCAUUGCAGAAAGUGGGGCUCCAGGCAACCACAGAAUCUACUUGCGUAGACUUAAUUGCAGGAUCUGAACCUAGUGGUGGAGCUGCAGUCCUGUUAUAAACUACAGCAGCAGUGCAUGUUGAUUUUGUUUUCCUGUUGCUCUGUUAGCAAGAAUUCCUUUUGUCAUUGGGUAAAGAUUCCAAUGCCCAGCUUCUUAAUGGCACCUGAAGAGCGCCCCAACACCUCACUUAGCUUAGUUUGCUGCUGUGUGGGGGUGAAAUUCACAUCUGUGCCCAAGAGCCCAUGCAGGGCCCCUCUGCAUUGCCUAAGUUUUCCACUUAGUCCCUCAGUUUAACACUCCUUGGAGCAUAGGCUUUGCAAAGACCUUCUGUACUGGGGUGAAUUUCACACUGAGUGUGUGAGACUGUGAGAGCUUUUAAGAACAGAAUCUACAGUCUAUUUUCAGGAUUCUCUAAAUACAUGGAUCAAAAUGCAGGGUUUGUUCAAUUUAAAAAAAAAUUGACAUUGAAUAGAAAUGUCCCCAUGGUAUCUUAGUUUUUUUAAAUCAAAAAUUGUUUUAAUUAUUUAAACAUUCCUCUAAGGUGUUGCAAAUGCAAGCGGAAGACAGACUGUAAAGCUGACAAGUUUCAGUUUCCCUCUCCAAGUUUAAUGCAGUGUGACAAGUAUGCGUGGCUUACUUGAGGGGAAAUUAGAUGCAAAAACUGCCACUAAUGCAGCUGUAAAGGUGAGAUUCAGGUUCAUGAUAUUCAGGAAAUUCCAGAGGUUGAGAUUUUCUACCACAAAGUGAAUUUAGCUAGAUUAACAAUCAACACAGGAAGGCCUGGAGCCACAAAGUGUCCAUUAUAGGUUCCUUACUCUUCAGGGACUGAGCUUGAGAUGUCUUGAGCUGAUUUUAUAAACCUUUCAAGAUGACUGUUAAAAAUGUUGGCCUUGAUACUUUAAAGUGGAGAGGAGCCUGAACAGCACGUGGGUUGGGGCCUGUCUGACCCAGCUCUCACACAUGUCAUCUCCUUCCAGAAGAAGUUCAACAAUAUAACUCCUUACCCUGACUCCUUAGCGCUGGAGGAAUCAUACGUAGAAGUCCCCAUGAGCACCAGUCAUGGUCAUUUCCAGAGCCCUCAAUUUGAAAAAUGGGAUCCAGUAGGAGGAAGGUGGUCAGUUUGUGCUCUAGAGUCAUCUGUAGGGGAAUCUAAGAGCAGAACUAAUAAUUCAGCACCCCAAACAUCUAACAGCCCCUCUGCCUAUGAGAAACACAAUCAGUUUGGCAUGAUCCCUGAGAGGAUCACUAGCUAGUGCAAUGGUUGGUACUGUAUAAAUUCUGUAGCUACUGAGAUGGCUGGCUGGGGCGAGUGAGUUUGUUUAUGAGGAGGGACCUUGCUCAUUUGGUACCUGUUCAAGGAGCACAACAUAUCUUUUUAUUAAAGGUUGUACCCCUCUCCAGAGGCAUGUAGGAAAGGUACAACUUAUAAAUAGAAGGAUUAUGUUGCUUUCCCUUUCCUUUGAUAACACCGCCUCUGUUUAUUGCCUUUCAAGCAUACUUUAAUAAUGAAAGAGAAACUGAGGCUGGAGGAAGCUGGAUGAUUGGGAAUGGGUUCCAGUACUUUUUCCAUUUCAGGCUUGGGACUCUUAAGCAAAGACUGCCAACUGUACAUGAUUUUUUUUCAGAAUCUUGUGAUGUGCAAAAAUGCCUGCUAGGGCCCAAUACUAAUUUUUUUGUGCAAGGAUCUCAAAGUACUGUGCUAAUUAAGCCUCGCAACCCCCAGUGGCAGAGAGAUAUUCUCCCUAUUUGCCAGAAGAGGAAACUAAGGCACAGGCUGAAUUUAAGAAAGGGCUGAGCAACCACAGCUUCCAUUGAAUGGGAGAUUCAGGUCUGCAGCAGUGCUGAAAAAUCCCUUGUCUAAGACCACAGCUGGCAUCAGAAUUAGAACUCAGCAGCUCCUUGAUCUCAGGACAGUGGUUGCGCUUAAGGCCCUGGUGCGCUUCCUUGAAAUGAAGGGACUCCUACAGAGCAUCAUUCCAACUGUGUUUAUAACCCAUGUAAUAUAUGCAGAAAGCAAAGUCCAGUUGAAAAGUCCAGCAAAACACCUGCCAACUCAGCCAGAGAAAGGAUGGAAAAAGGCAUUAGCAGAUUUUUUGAAAGGAUUACCAGUUUACAACAAAAGCAACUUCAGUAGAUUUCAUGCAGACUCUGUAUGUAAAGCAUCGAACAGAAGACCGUCAGUAUAUCUUCCCACAAGGGAAUAUCCAUCUGAACAAAUCAUCGUAACAGAAAAGACAAACAUACUUUUGCGUUAUCUACAUCAGCAAUGGGACAAAAAGAAUGCAGCAAAGAAGAGAGAUCAAGAGCAAGUGGAAAUAGAAGGUGAGAAUUCAGCACCACCACGGAAAAUUGCUCGGACAGACAGCCAGGACAUGAAUGAGGACACUUAAACUCUUGCUCUCUCCUACACUAUUUUGCAGGCGCUUCCUGUUUUGUCUCAAAAUGUGUAAAUUUCCGUGCCCCUUUCCCCCCCCCCCCCCCUCCACUGUGCAGCCCAAACCACUUCUGACUUCAUAGGAGCCAAUGUAUUUAUUUUUUCUCCAGUUUUUAUUUAUGCUGUAAAACGUACGGAGCAAUCGAUGGUGGAACAAGUCAGCAAAUGAUGUAGUGUAACUUUAAUCUUUUAAAAAAACAUACAUUAUCACUUUUCCAGAUUUCAUUAAAUCUGUUGCUUAAUUAACCCAGUUUGCCAUGGAAGCCUGGAGAGGAGACAUGAAUUUACGGCAUGCAAAUUCCAGUGGUAUAGGCUUUCUGAUCCAUAUACCCACUGGUAUAUUACAGUAGUCAACUCUGUAUUGGCUGUAACCAGUCUAGCAGUAAUUUUUUUUUGGGGGGGGGGGGGGGGGGAGGGGGCUCAUCCGCUCUGAAAUGUGGAUCCUAAAAUCAGCACUGUACUAAGAAAUCCUGGGGGUCAUUUAGGGUUAUGUUGAUUUUAUGAAACAUGGUCAACUUGACAGAACAGUUGUGGGUUUUUUGUUCAGCAGCAUGUUAUCACACACGUCAAUGGUCAUGGGGAAUUCAAGUGACAGGUGUGUUGCUUUGGUUGCUGUUACAUUUUAACAGCCUUUUGGUCUUGAAUGGACUGGUAUGUGCAACUUCUCCAUUGGAAUAAAAAGGAUACUUCUAUCCUACUGAGUAUUUGAUCAACAGUGUCUUUAAAAUGGCACCAGGUGGAAUGGAAUUGGUAGGUCUACCUUAUAAUCUUGUUUGUUAAAUUUGAAAAUCAAAUUGGGUACAGCUUGUCAUCUAGAUUGGCUAUUUCCUUUCUCUCAACCAGUGAUUCUGAAAAAUCAUAUAUUGCAUGACUGGAGCUGAGUCCAGGACUUCUGGAUGCAAAGUAGCUGAACAAAAUGAGCUUCUACAGUCUAUAUUAAAGACAGACCCUCUUUCAUUUGGACAAUGACAGUUCAGUGCCUGUCACCUGUAGCCCUUUGCUGACUAUCUUCAGUAGGAGCCAAAUACAAAACCCUCAAGAUGUCUAAGUGGAGUCAAAGGAAACCAGCAUAGUUGAUUGAAGGUGUGUGUGUGUGUCUCUCACUAUUGACUGUCCAUUCCGCUUUUAAUGUGAAAAGCAGAGUCUGUUGUUUGUUGCCUUCCAUUGCUCUUUUCCCAGCAUCCCUGCUCAUCCGCAAAUUCUAAACAAACUGAGUCCAGAAGCCAUGUGAGCCUCUUUCUAGAAAACCAUGGGCAAGCCUAGUUCUGUAGGGAGUUUGACCAUGGUGGUUAAACUCAGAUGAAAGACUUGUGAAGACAGGGCUCAUGCCGCCACCUUCACUACUGUGUCCCAAUCAGGCCAGUGGACAGAGUAAAAGCAUGAUGGGAGUGAAAGCCAUCAGCAGCACAGUUUAUCUUAUGAGACAGGACUUUGUGAGGAGCAGGACAUAGCCUCACUUAUUGCUGCAGUUUUACAAGUAUGUACAAGGCGCUAAGCUCUGAUUCUAGUAUUAGUCAUCUCACUUUUUCAGUGAAGAUCAUUAAGUUAUUUAGACCUAAAAUUGUACCUGCCCUUAAAAUAGCUACAUUUUGCUGCAGCAGUGCCCCUCCAGAUUAUCAGGUUAAAACACCAGCUGGGUUGGUGAGGACGAAAAUAUGGUUUUACGAUUUUGUGUUCUACUGGCAAUUGCAACUUAACAGAACUCCUUUACCCAGAGCUGUGCUGCCAAAAAAAAGAUGCUGUCGUGUGAAAUGCGAGAAGUAAACGGAAAAUGCUGUGUUUUAGCUUCAAGGGCACGUGAAAAGGUUUGUCAGAUACCAAAGGAGGAAAUGGGCGUAGUGCCGAUGACAGAAGUUUAAACAAUGCUGUGUUUUUAGCUCCAUUUGAGAGUUCCAGUCUCAUUUGUCAAGUGCUGUUUAAUUCCUUACUAAGAGAAUUUGGAGCUUAGCUGACCUCUCUGCUACAGCAAGUGAAGUGCCAUUGAAGAGUUGGCAGUUCCAUCCUGUUCUUUACCCCCAUCUUUGUUCCCUUUACAGUAAAUGGGGCCUUGCUGGUAGCAGAGCCUUUGAAAUCUUACAAAUAAGGAUUUUUUUUGUUUAAUUUACCAAACAUCUCUGCAAUUCACACUCUUGGGGGGGGGGGGGAAUAUUUGGCAAAGAGAAAAAAAUAGUUGCCUUUAAUUUCCUGAGAGCAAGUCUGAAGCAAUGGGGAAAAAAACAGUACUUAAAAAUUCUUGUGUCCUUUCAAUCAAACUAUUGCAUUUUUGUUUUUGAUGUUAACUGUACACAAGCAGCAUGGAUUUCUGAUGCUCUCAAACUGGUAUCGUUGCAUUUCACUGAAAGUUUUGAUAGUCUUGCUCAGCUGGUCAGAGUUAUCUAAUCUGAACUAAAAGCCUCCUCCCUCACCAUCCAGUUUCCAUGCUGCUAAGGGCUUGAAAAUGCCAUCCUCAAGCUGCCAGACAUUCAAAAUGUUUCCACUGCUGUUUAAUACGUGUGUAUUGGGUUUGUGUUGCAUGUGAAAACCCUCCCAGCCAAUUGAUGGUCUGGUGUCUUAGGCAAAUCAUACAUUAAACAGAGAUCCAGAACUUC